CCUCCGCAGAGCGACGACUCGGACUUGUGGGACGACACGGCCCUCAUCAAGGCGUACGACAAGGCGGUGGCCUCUUUCAAGAACGUUUUAAAGAAUGGAGAGUGUUCAGAGCCUUCGGACAAACAGGAGCAGCGCCCGGGGACGAAGAGAAAAAACAAUAAAAAGAACAGAAAUAGAAAGAAGAGCAGCACAGUACCUUUGAAACAGUGGAAAGUUGGUGACAGCUGUAAUGCAGUUUGGUCUGAGGAUGGUAAUGUGUAUCUAGCAACUAUUGUCUCCAUCAAUCAGAAGAGAGGCACGUGUGUUGUUACUUACACGGGAUAUGGAAAUCAGGAGGAGCAGAACCUGUCUGAUCUACUUCCUCCAGCCAGCGAUGAAACAAAUGAAAAUGAGACUCCAUAUUCAACAGAUGAAAGUGAAAAAUCUUCCCAGUCACCUCAAAACAAAAACAACUGCUCAAAAGCAAGAUCCUCCCCCCAAAACCUACAUUUUCCCAUACCACCAGCAGGCCUGGGAAGGCUUGGAUCAAAAUUCAGGGCACCUCCAUCAUUUUUAUCUUGCUGGCCUCCACCCUUCCCAGCAGGACCACCGUUGAUUCCUCCUCCACCACCUAUGAGGCCAGACUCUCCUGAGGAUGAUGAAGCAUUGGGGAGCAUGUUGAUAGCCUGGUACAUGAGUGGUUAUCACACUGGUUAUUACCUGGGUUUAAAACACAGUCGAAUGGAAGCAGCACUGGAGAAAGAAACACAUGCAAAAUAA